CCAGCGUUCUCAACCCCGUUACUUCCACUUCCUCAUAGCGAGGUCACAAAAAGUAAACUGCUCUCUUGAGUCAUUGGCCUAACCUGUAGGUGGUGUCCACGGCAAAGACUGGCUGACAGAAGACACCAGAUAACUACCACAUAAGAAAUUCCAUCCAUCAAGCCAUCCCUCUCAGCAGGCUCUAACAUGUGCGAUGACAGCAACUCUGAGACAGAUUUCACAUCUAAUUUUUCCAGUAUGAACAGUCGGCUGGACUCGUUCCGUGGUUCUAGUCUGGCUCAGCAGGUGCCAGCAGAGAGGCUGGCCCGGGCUGGCUUCUACUUCACUGGCCCUGGUGAUCGUGUCUGCUGUUUCAGCUGUCAGAAGACUGUGGAAAACUGGCACAGGGAAGACACACCUGUAGAGAGACAUAAACAGGUUUCCCCAUCAUGCACAUUUCUCAGGUGCACAAUUGGCUUUCACCCAAGUUUUGAUACCACACUCACAAAUGGUUCCAUCUACAAUGAAGAAGCAGAAGACCUACAAUAUCGUUUGAGAACAGGAGAGGUGGUCGAUGAGACCACCUACCCAGUGGUACCUCACAUGAGGAAUGAAGAGGCCCGGCUUCAGACCUUCUCUUCUUGGCCAUCUAAUGCACCUGUGAGACCCCAGGAUCUGGCCCAAGCCGGCCUCUACUACUUGGGAGAGAGCGAUCGGGUGCAGUGUUUCUGUUGUGGUGGCAUGCUGGCUGGCUGGGAGACGGGGGACAUUCCAUGGGGAGAACAUGCCAAACAUUUUCACAACUGCUUCUUCAUCCUUGGGCACGAUGUAGGCAACAUCCCAUUCCUGGGAAGUAUAGAGGAGGAGGAGAGCAGCAGUAGACAGCAUGGAAACACUCGCAUCUCUAUGGGCAGUUUUGAGGAGAGGCUUGAUAGUUUUGCAGGUAUCCAGCACCCUAUUGACAGUGAAAGACUUGCCAGAGCCGGCCUCUACAGCACAGGGACGGGAGACAGGGUGAUGUGUUUCUGCUGUGGUGGAGGUUUGAAAGGCUGGCAGCCCGAGGAAGACCCUUGGGAAGAACAUGCCAAACAUUACCCUGGAUGCAGCUUCCUGUUAGCAGAAAAGGGUCCAGAAUUUGUCAACAGCAUCCAGCUUCAAGACCCACGAAGAAAUGGAGCUACUUCAAGUCAUCAGAAUGGAUUUUCUGGAAAUACAAAUGACGUGCUGCAGUCUGCCAUCGCUCAGAAGGCCACAGAGAUAGGCUUGAAGCCCUUUGUGGUGGAAAAGACCAUCUUGGAGAAAAUCAGUCGGACAGGUUCAGAUUACUCCAACCUGGAAGAACUUGUGGAGGAUACCCUUAACAACACACCACAGAGUGAUCCUGCCCUGACGGAGAGGCAAGAUGAGGACCCACUGGAAAAACUAAGGAAGCUGCAGAGGGAAAAACAGUGUAAAAUAUGUAUGGACAGAGAUAUUAGUAUUGUCUUCAUCCCGUGUGCACAUCUGGUCACUUGUGAGCUCUGUUCAAGAUCACUCACCAAAUGUCCAAUCUGCUGUGGAGCAAUAUCACAGAAGCUCAAGACAUAUAUCUCUUAAAGCAAUAACACUCUUGCUAAAUUUUAAUGCUGCUUUUUCACUAUCUUUAUAAUUGUGUUUAUUUUAAUAGAAAAUGUAGAUAGCUUGUAAUAUAUUUAAAGACCAUAUUGUCUGUGUGUAUGCCAAUGAAAGAACAUGUAAAUGUCUCCAGAAAUAAUAUUUUAUUUUGACAAUCAAUGCAUUGGUCGAUGAGAUUAUAUAUAGUUAAUGUUGAUAUAUAAUAUCGCAUACUGACAGCUGUUGAAACACACUAAAAGAUCAUUAGCAUUUUACUUUGCCAGGGGUGCCUUUCUCAAGGUUUAUUUUGUAGUGUCUCCUUUUGUUGUUUUUACUUUGGACAUUUAGCACAGUUGAACUGAACAUAAGAUAAAGUAUCAGUUUAAUUUAAAUUUCAUACAAUUAUGUGUCCUGCUCCUGUAUGUUGUCUGGUGUAUUUGAUUGAUUGAUUUUCUUAACAUUCGUUGCUGUUUAAACAUCUAAUUUAAUUAUUUUCAAUAUUAACAAGACUUAUCAUUAAAGUCAACUUUAGUUGUGGACCUGAGAUUUAAUUAGCAUGUAAAUGGUGUAAAUAACCAUUCCAUUAUGCAAUCGGUUGUACCAUGAGAGUAAAUAAAAAUGAAUGAUUGUGCUUGGAAUUUGUUUUUCCACUAACUGCUAUUAAAUUUCAUAUUUUUUGACUA